UACUCUUGCUACCAAAAUGAAAAACUUGCUGAUCAUCGGUUUUGGCCUUUGCCUUCUUGGUGUCACCAUUGCCAAUCCGUCGUUGCUCUCGAACAUUGGCAAUACUCUGUCCAGCUUGGUUUCCAACCUGCAAUCCCAACUGUCAAAUCUAAAAGGAUCGAUCAACGCUGCUUUGAGCAAUGCUGCCGGUGCUGCUAAUGCUGUGCUGACUGCGGCUCUGAACGACGCCCAGACGGCCAUUGUGAACGCCCAACUGACUGUGGCCUCCAUCGUUGUCAAAGGGUUGACUUUCAUCGGUUCCGGUGUUAGUGCCGAACUCAACACGGCCAUCAGCCAACUAUCGGCCGCCAUUGCCAACGUGAACACCAUCAUUGGGCAAAUCGUGGCAGCUGGAGCAUCAGUGUCAAGUACUCUGAUUACCGAACUGAGCAACGCCAUCAGUGAUCUGACCGCUCUCACUGCGAGCGUUGCCUCGCAAAGCAGCGCCUCGGGUUCAGUGUCAGGAUCAAUUUCUAUUGGAUUUGGUAGGAAGUAAGCUAAAUGCCUUUGACUAUGAUGUCUCAAUAAA